AUGUUCCGGAGGGUGAGUUGAGCUUCGUUGUGAAAUAGUCGAAUCAGAAAUUGAAUUCAGAACGAGGGAAACGGCGAGCAUAUAAUGCAAUUCGAGGAGGAAUGGGUAAAAGCCGAGCCGAUUGUGCACUCACUUCUCUAUCAAAGAGUUCGUUUCUAUUCAUUGCCUCCUCUAUUGUCCUUCUUUUUCCAGCCGGUCACCCCGGCUGCCUGGCAGGACCUCUUCUAUCACGUCUACAAAAUCACUUCGUGGGUGACGGACGGCCCUCAGAAGAUUCGAAAUAUACUGACGUCGAACAUCGAUCGAUACGUGUGGGAGGCGAACAAUGUGAAUGACUGUAGUAAACAGGAGGGGACAACAAAAGUGUGAUUACAGAGAAUCAGAAGUCUGCAAACGGACGAGAGUCUUCUCAAAGCGUACAUCAAAGAGUGGAAUCGAUUCUACAGACAGGCCAGCAUUCUGCCACUUCCGUUUAAGGUUUUUGAGGGGAGCACACCGGAUUACAGUAACACGCGCGUUUCAGAAGAUCGACGAAUCGACGCAGCCGAAGCGGAGAAGUGUGUCCGACGUGUCGGACGAUUCGAUCCGUUCGGUGAUGCUCGAGAAGUGGAACAUGACGAUAUUUGUAAAUAUUUCCGACAAUUUGCUCGGAGAAGCUCUCCGUUUGGUCAAAGAAGAGCGUGACGGGAAUAUCAUAGAUUCGGAUAAUGUGAUUGGAAUUCGUGAAAGCUUUGGUUUGUGGAAGUCUUCAAUUCAAUAAAUCGACAAACACAAAUUUCAGUAGCGCUGAACGAUAAGAUUGGGGAAGACCCUCUCCAAGUGUACAGACACGCAUUCGAACGGAAUUUUAUCGAACAGACCAGCGAAUACUACAACAAGAUCUGUGGACAGUUGCUCAACGAGAUGGGCGUGCUCGAGUACAUGGUCUAUGCGGAUAAGAAGCUCGAAGAAGAGCAGCUCAGGGCUCAGAGGUACCUGGAAUUUUCGUCGCCAACGGCCGGAAAGCAUAUGGAGAAGGCGGUGAUCGCUCUCGUCGAGAACUUUGAGGACACUAUCCUUGCCGAGUGCUCGAAACUGAUUGCACAGAGAGAUGUUGAGAGUGAGUGCAGACUAGUCUUAAAGUUUGAUAAAUGUGUUUAGGACUUCAAAGAUUGUACCGGCUGAUCAGACGGACUCGUUCGGGCAUCGAGACAGUCCUUAAGUGCAUUGAUACGCACAUCCGAACCGAAGGACUAAAUGAUAUGCGCAACAACGCGGACAGUCUUGCCACGGACCCGGAGAAGUACGUCCAGCAACUGCUUCUGAUGUUCGACAAGUUCUCUUCGUUGGUCCGCGAAGGAUUCUGUGAUGACGCACGUCUUCUGACCGCCCGAGAUCAGGCGUUCAGCUCGGUUGUCAACGAUUGCUCCAUCUUCAAAACCGAGUUAUUCAACAAGAAAGGGUGAGUUACUCAAACCCACGGGACUUUUUGCUCAUACUUGUUCCUUUCAGUCGUGCCGUGUCAGUGGAGUCCAAAUGCGCUGAGCUGCUCGCCAACUACUGUGAUCUGCUGCUCCGGAAGACUCAACUCAGCAAGAAACUCACUUCGGAUGAGAUUGAUGAGAAACUAGGUCAAGUUGUGAGUUCAUUAGAUCCACCUGUUUCUUCCAUUUGUAAUCCUGUUCCUUCCAGCUGCUCGUUCUGAAGUACGUGGACAACAAGGACGUCUUCAUGCGAUUCCACCGAGCCCAUCUCUCUCGCCGUCUGAUUCUCGAGAUGAGCGCCGAUCAGGAGAAGGAGGAGAUGAUGGUGACCAAGUUGAGAGAGUGUGGAAUGCCUUCUGACGCCGUCAACAAGCUCUCCAGAAUGCUUCAAGAUAUAGAGCUGAAUAAGGUAGGCUGUUUAAAACAAAAGUUGUUGGUGCAAGCUUACUUCUUUCAGGACAUGAACUCAUCCUUCAAGAAAGCACUUACUGGAACCAACAAUAACAAAUCUGUGGCCGACUCGAUCAAUCUGAAGGUGCUGAACGGAGGAGCCUGGGGACGGGGCGGAUCGGAAAAGGUUCGGUUCUCGCUGCCCCGCGAGCUGGAGGAGUUUGUGCCGGAGGUGAGGAGGAAUACGUGGAUGUAGUUGUGGAAAAUAAAGAUUCAUUUACAGAUGGAGGCAUUCUACAAGAAGCAGCACAACGGACGAAAACUCUGCUGGAUGCACCAUUGGAGCAGUGGAACUGUACGUUCAACUUGAUAGAGACUUGUGGAGCCGUGAAACUCUCGUUUCAGAUGGUGUUUGGCACUGCGAGCGGCGGCCGUUUCGACCUGGAAAUCACGACUUUCCAAAUGGCAGUGCUCUUCUGUUUCAAUGAUCGUGCUCACGAGAAGAUUUCCCUCGAGACGCUCCGACUAGCUACAGAGUUGCCCGACGCGGAACUGAACAGAACUCUUUUGGUUCUUUUGAUUAAUUUUUGAUCUUUCAACCUGUUCCAUUUCAGUCCCUAGUCGCCUACCCGAAGAUGCGCUCGCAGAUCCUUGUCUGCGAUGUCCAGUCGCCGAACAUCAUGACCCGCGACUUCACCGACUCGACCAAGUUCUUCAUUAAUCACUCGUUCCAUUUGGUCAAGAACGGAAAAGUGCAGCAACGUGGCAAAGUGAAUCUGAUCGGCCGACUCCAACUUUCUCUGGAGCCGAACACGGAGAAGGAGCACGAGAGCAUUGUGGCGCUGCGAGAGUUCCGAGUGCAAGAGGGCAUCGUGAAGAUUCUGAAGACGCGGAAGACGAUCGAUUUGGAUCAGUUGAAGAAGGAGCUCGGCGAGAUUCUGAAGCCGUUGUUCACGCCGAACAAGAAGCUCAUAAAGGAGCAGAUCGACUGGCUUCUGGACAACAAGUAAGAUAGAUUCAGAUGGAUUUUGUAAGCUCAUCAAAUUCAUUUUGCAGUUACAUGACUCGCGGCCCGGAUAUGAACACAUUCAUGUACGCUUGAAGGCGCAGGUCACACCGAUGAUGAAAAUGCAGUUCGCCAGAAUCUCAUACAUAUACAGUAUCCUUGAUCCGAUGUCGUCUAGUCCCCCGUAUCUGUAAAAUAUUGCUCUGACCCCUUAUUGAAUAUGGGUUCCCCACGUGGAUAUCCUCUAGCACUUUCUGAUUAACCCUAGACAACGGUGACUGUGAAUUGAUAUCGAAAUCGAAAUCGAACAAAUGUAUUCUCGCUUGUAUAAAUUUGGUUGAAAAGUUACAAUGUUUGAACAGACGGACGGAACACUGGAAAAGGCAAAAACAAAUGGAAAUGUUGAAAAUAUUAUGAAGCAAAGGUCAUCGGCGGGAAAUUGAUAUAAAAGGAAUGAUACAAUACCAGGAGAAAGUAUCUGGAAAUGAGAUUCUUCUUGCUUCUCUCCUCCGUACUUCUAGAAGUAUUCUAUGCUCAGCCGGAUUUGGUAACCGACAAUAGCGAGCCCCGAAAAGCCCCGCAUUCCAGAAUCCAAUUCAUCAGCUGUGCCAGCCGUGUAUUCUCGGCGCAAACGCGGUAAAGAGCACGAACAAGCUGCCGACUGUCAAGGAAGUGCGUCGAUUGAUUGCUCCGGGAAGGCCAUUAACAUUUUACGAGUUUGAACUUUAUUAUAGGCGGAGAAAAAGACGUGCAACACGAUUCUCAACAAUGAUUUGGUGUGCAACGGAGCCAUCGAAGUGGCCGGAAUCUACCUGAACUGGACGCCCGCCGAGAAGAUUUGCGAGAACUUUCUGAUGUGUUCGAGCGCGACGGCGGAUAAAAAGAGGAUGAGGGCGCCGGCGAGAGCGGCCAAACGACCCGAUGAGUUGGCGAUGAGAGUUAUGGCGGUGGGUGAGGAGAGUGAGGAAAACACUAUGAAAUAUGAAGAACAUGUUCAGGUGUUCGACACCGAUGAGUUCCCCGCUUUCCCUGUCCGGUCUUCAAGACAAUCUGGGUUCAACUACAACAUCACAGAAGCUGAAGACUUGGAAAAGUGUAAGAGUUGAGCGAUAGAGCGCGUAUGUCUAAUAGUUUAAAUGUUCAGUUUUCCGAGAACAAAGCGUAGAAGUCAAUGCGGUUAUUCAACAGUUCAUCGAGAGAUUCCAAGUUGCUCUGCAAGUUUACUUGAAUGGAAUAACCAGCAAAUAA